AUGGCGUCGAAGCUCACAGCUACUGUGCGUGCAGUGGGCUCGAAGCGGCUCAACGUGCCACAACGGGCCGCGCUCGUUCUUACCAAAACAGCGGUGGAUCGCGUCAAGACUUUGCUAGCCACAAACAAAGACUUCAUUGGGUUGCGAGUUGGCGUCAAACAUCGGGGCUGCAAUGGCCUUACGUACGUUUUAGACUACGCCACUGAGAAAGGCAAGUUCGACGUUGAAGUGCAACAGGACGGAGUCAAAGUUUUCAUCGACGCCAAGGCUCAACUAACACUUCUCGGCACAGAAAUGGAUUACGUUGAGACAGAGCUGUCCAGCGAAUUUGUUUUCAACAACCCUAACGUCAAGGGUACCUGCGGUUGUGGCGAGAGCUUCACUGUGUGA